GAAGCAGACGGUUGCGGGAGACGGACGAGGUUGCAUUGGCGUGUGCAUCGACUGCUGGUGGAUUACCGCACUUCGGCCAGGAUUAUAGAUUUUGCUUCGAAUGGUUUGCUAAUUUGGAUGACCAGUCAUGCUCAGCUCCGGCAGCAAUCAGUACCUCAGGCCGGAAUUCUUAUCUCCGCUACCGACAACGCUCGACGCUAAGAAGAGUCCUCUGGCCCUGUUGGCGCAAACGUGCAGCAACAUCGGCGCGGACAACCCCAACAACAAGCCCAUCAUUCCACCGCUCGAAAAGCCAAAGGAGAAGAAGUCUUCGUCUUCCUCCUCGAGCCUGGACGACAAGCCGUCCUUCAAGCCCUACGAGGCGACGAAGAAGGAAGACUCCGACAACGGCAAGAAGUCGCCAGGCUCGAAGUCCGUGUCUCCCGCACGCCUGAACAGUUGCUCUCCGGCAGCGUCCGUCGUCUCUAGUGGCAAGAACUCUCCGAGCGAAGCCAACAAAUGCGACACUGCCAUCACGACGUCUGCCACGACGUCCGCGUCUCAGAACACGCUCAGCGGGCUCGGCUAUGGAGGAGCCCCUUCUAUGGGACUCGACACCAAGGACAGUCUGGCGCAGUUGAGUUCUUUGAGUAGUGCCUACAAGGGACUCAACCCGCUGGGAAACUGUUGCUCACCGCUGGUCGGACACCUUCCCGUGGACACGUUCCAGGCGGCCAGCAACCCGCUCAAGCUAGGCUCAUACCCCCUCUCACCGUACGUGGGCUACGCUCGCGUCAAAACAGCCAGCGGUGGAUCUACGCUGGUCCCCGUCUGCAGAGACCCUUUCUGCACCAACUGUCAGAUGAGCAUGCAAUCUGCUCAAUUGGGCGUCUGUCCCAGUGGAUGCACCCAGUGCUCUCACGACCGACUCGCGCCUCUCGGACUAGUCCCCAGUCAGCUGUACCCUCACUCUAUGCUCACUCGGCCCAACGUCUGCAGUUGGAUGGUGGGUGACACGUACUGUGGCAAACGGUUCACGACCUCCGAGGAACUGCUCCAACACCUCAGGACUCACACGAAUCUCUCAGACCCCUUGUUGUCGCCCAGCUUGUCUGUUCCUUCGCCCAGCCUGAGCGCUGCGUGCCAUCUGCACUACAGCUCUGCCCCGUCGCUGACGACCCAGGCGGGCCUUCGACGCACGUACCCGACGAGCCUGAGCCCGUCGGCCAGGUACCACCCGUACAAGCCUCCCUUGCCAACGUUUCCCGCGACACCCUUUGCCCCGCUGCCGCACCCGUCUCUGGGCAUGUACUACUCGCCGUACAGCCUGUACGGACAGAGGCUAGGUCCUCCAGUGCACCCGUGACUUGACAUGUGACAUGGAUUAUGCAAGCAAUAGAUAUCUGCAAUAGAGUGCCCACCCUGUUUGUGCCUCCUCCGGCGGACGCUUGAUGGCGCCGUUGUCUAUACAAGGACCCUUUUGUUGCCUUUUAAAAAAAGUUUUGCCCGGUAAGUCGGCGGCGGCCUUUCUUGCUAGACGACCAAUGCUCUGGCCUCCGCUUUUUUCCGCGCAUCGAUCAGCCCAGCGUACUUUGCAUGCAAACGGCAUCAUAAAUUACGUCCGAGUGUCUGGCUUCUCCAUCAAUCAACAUGAUGUAUCGCUCGCUGAUCGCGAUCUGUUUGGAUUAGCAUACAGUCGCGUGAUUCGAAUGGAGAUUAAUCAACUUGGCUGGCUAUCGUCACUCUUCUAAGUCACUAUAUAACCCGGGUUACCUCUGUAAUCUCGGGGAAAAAUCCCCCUUUUUGUUUUUGUUUUUUUAAAGAAUGCCAAAACGAUGUAUUUUACUGUAAGAUAUCCCUGUACAAAACCAUCCUUGUUUUGCUUGUAAUCGAGUUGUGUAAAAUAAUUUAUUGCAAAUGCACCUUCGUUUCUGUGUUGUACAUACAUACUUCCUCGCAAUUACAACACUCUUGCCAACAAUGA